AAGCGACCCCUGCCCUAUUGGCCUGGUAACUGUUGCAAUGUAACAUUAGCUAGCUAGGAAACGUCUGAAAUGUGCAAGGCAAACGUAAAUGACACGAGUUUCACUCCGAACUGAAGCCUGGGCAGCUGCUAACUUAACCAACCUCUGGCUAAAUCGUGGGCUUUAUGGAUCUCCAUUAGUAACACUAUAACUACAUAGAUACUGGAGAUCCAUAAAGCCCACUAGCAGCUGCCCAGGCUAACGCAUAACUAACUAUUUUACACUACUGUAAAUAAUACUGAAGCUAAGACACCUUGACCUGUUGAUAUUUAGCUAACGUUAGUAAUUUUUUUUUUUAAGUCCCUGGCUUCGUUCGGCCUCGGACAAGUCGCGCCUUGACGGAGGCCAAUCAAAAACGGUGGCGGUACAUUUGAGUCCACAAUUUUCCAUCCGGUGCACCAGCAAAGGCAUCAACACAUAAACAACUUAAAGUCUGUUUACUGUCCAGCAAAUGACAAUUCCUAGCUAGCAUCCUUAUUUCUUGAAACAUAUCCAUGUCCCACCCUGGCAGCACAAUCCAUUGAAUGAUGGAAAUGUAUGUUUCCAGCAUAAGCAAACGUAAUGCCACAAAGACAGAUCUGAGUUUGUUGCUGGAGUGUCUGAAGUACCAGAUGAAAUGUCCUGCUUCACAGAAACAAGCUCUUUUCACCAUCUACUCCAUCUGUCAACAGAGAGAAGAGAAUGUGGACUUCUUCAGAGAGAUGGGAGGAGUGGUGUUUGUGUAUAACCUCUCUAAAUCCAGUGCGCACUCAGAGGUCAGGGAGACUGCUCAGUUCACACUGGGAAUGCUGGCAGAGGCCAAUGUGUACUGUAAGCAGGCCCUGUGUAGGAGGGAGACAUUCAGUGAUCUGGCCGAGUGUCUGAUGCAGCAGGACAGUCCACUGACCCAGAGGAGAGUAGCUGUCUACCUGCUCUCUGUCCUUGUCGCCAACAACAGGUCUGGCCAGAAGUUCGCUCAGACCUCAGGCUGUCUGGAUAUCCUGCUGGACUUGUUCAGAACUAGUUUCCCUCUCUCUGGUGAGGCCACAGUGAGACCUGCUAACGUCACUCAGCUGUUCCAACUCUGGACCUCUGUGUCCAGUGCUCUCUGUGGCUGUGUCAACAACCCCCAGAAUGAGGAGAGCCAGCGUAUGUGUGUGUCAGCCUUCCCCCUGGUCAAGGGCUGGCUGCAGCAGCUCUCUCACCCCUACGCAGAGAUGGUUCAGCCCAUCUGCUCCUUUAUAUCCAUGACUGUUGCCAACAACAAUUGUGCUCAGGAUAGUUUUUCCACAGUCGGCGGGCUCGGAAAUCUGACACUCACUCUGAUUCGCUUAGCCUCUGAUGCCUCCCACAGCCCAUUGGCCUGUCAGCUGUCUGUCAUCAUGACCAAGACCCUGUCAGCCUGCAUCAUUGACAACCCUGUGUUGGCGUCAGGUCUGGCAGGUUAUGGUUUGGUUCCUCAGCUCCACUCCCUGCUGUCCAGCCCCAGCCUGGAGCCCCAAGACAGGCUCAUUGUCAUACUCACCCUGGGACACUGCACUGAGGCCUCUGAGGAGCACCGGUCUCAGUUCUUACAGUGUGGAGGUCUGUCCCUCAUCAUCACUCUACUGACUGAGUCUACCAGUGAAGAGCUCAGGAAGGCUGCUGCCUUCAUACUGCAGACCUGCAAACAGGCUACUGUGUUUCUGCGCGGUGCGGUUCAUGGGGAGUCUCAGGGUCAGACUGUGGAGCUGGAGCCCCCUGUGGACAUGGAGGGGUACUGGAGGUCAGCACGAGACAUGCUGCACAGGAUCAACCAGCUGGAGAGACAACAGGCUCAGAAGCGUGUAAGGAGACAGACCAGUGAGGAGCCUCAGAAACCCAGCCGCAGCAGAGAGAGUGAGAGGGAGAAGAGAACACACACACAAAGGCACACCACUCUGCACAUGUACACACUUGGAAACACACAACCAGAGAAGGACAGGGGCUUGGCAGCUAAGAUAAAUACUUAUCCUCUCUACACAAACCCACUUACAGAGAAAGGCACAAACACAGCAUCACACACACAGACCGAGAACCGCAGAGACAAGCACCUUGGCAUGAGAGAGCAGGCUCACACACCGUCUGUGUCAGCCGUGGGCAAUGCUGGACCUGGUAGAGCUAGUGUCCCUGGGCAGCCCUGUGAUGGAGAGGAUGAGAGGUGUUCUGUAUAUCUGGGGACAGGAACACUGGUCCCUUCCUCCUCCAGUCCACUAGAAGGACACUCCCAGACACACACACACAGCCAAGUGUUCAAGUGCCCAGCUCCGGACAAGCCAGGAAUGAGCAGGCAGAAGAAACCGUUGGAUGAUGAAGGCUGUGUGUUCGGUUUGGUGACCAGCCGGUCGUUCCCUGUCCUCCAAAGGAACUGUCCCCACAGCUGUGACCUGCACCUGGUAUUGCAGCAGGCCACACACAGCUACACACAGCACCUCCGAGAUAUACGCAGGAGGAGAGAAAUACACACAACGGGACAGAGAGAGACUCAGCGAGGGACACAGAGCGUCUGGGAUCACUGCAGAGAUAAGAUUCCUGAAGUGCUGAACACACCCACACACCGAUGUGAUUUGAAUUGGGAUAUGUGUCCUGUUGUAACAGAGGCCAGUCUGACUCCUGUCUGUAAAGGAACCCUCCUGAGAAGCUUCUCAACCAACAGCGGACAACACAACACUGAUCACAACCAUGUGAGUCUCACUCCCCUUGAGACCUGUGGUCCAUGUGAAGGUAUCGCUCGGAAUCCUUUGCAUAAAGGUCUGAUGAAGAGCCUCUCUUCUGUGACCAGCAGGGGGCAGGAGAGAGGAGACAGAAGGGAGGACGGUGUCAUGGAUGAGGAGGACGGUGUCAUGGAUGAGGAGGACGGUGUCAUGGAUGAGGAGGACGGUGUCAUGGAUGAGGAGGACGGUGUCAUGGAUGAGGAGGACGGUGUCAUGGAUGAGGAGGACGGUGUCAUGGAUGAGGAGGACGGUGUCAUCGGUGGGGAGGACGGUGUCAUCGGUGGGGAGGACGGUGUCAUCGGUGGGGAGGACGGUGUCAUCGAUAAUCAGCAGAAGACUCUUUCUAUGGGAAACCCAUCUUUGACUCAGAGCAGUUCCAAAACCAAGGAAAAGAGGGUGAAUACCAAUGAGAGGAGGGAGAGGAGGAACUUCAGCCGUGAGGAGGAGAGUUAUCUGUGUCGAGGUAUAGAGCGGUUUGGUCCAUCCUGGAACUCCAUCCUUUGGGCCUAUCCGUUCCAGCCGGGACGCACCAACGUUGACCUGGCCAAGAAAUACAAACGCCUGCAGGUGAUAGGCAUCAACAAUGGUUUUACAAAAAUGCUAAAGCCCAGGGUAUGGAUUCAGACUCUAUGAGAUCCUAGAAGAACACUUUGUCUAUUGGACAUAAAUCACAGUCAUAUAUUUGAAAUACUCUAAUGUAAUAUUCAAUAAUACUUUAAAUACUAUAAUUUAGUCCCCAGUUUGAAAUGAAUUACUAUGCUGUGCUACUGUAAAUAAAAUUCAUAUUUGUUAUUUAAGUUAGUACUAUAUUUGAAAUAUGUUAAUUUCAUGGUCAUGGAGGAUUAAUGAAGGGUCCGUUCUGUAUUUCUCAACCUUGUUUUUUUACACAGCAGUAUUUUGCUGCCUAUUUGAAGUAGUUGGAAUAUUGUUUGGAAUAGAAACAUGGAAAUGAUUUGUGUAAUGAUUUGCACUUGACGGUUUAUCUUGUUCAUUGUUAAUGUAUGGAUUGAGAUUGAAAAGGUUGUUCACUCGUCAUCCCCUGAAGUUGUUUGUAUUGAAUUAAACAGAAGGGUGUCUGUAUGCA